UUUAAAUAAUGAAUACUAAAAUUUGAAAGAAAAUGUCUUUUGAAUACUCUCAAGAAAUUUGUAGUGAUUAUGAAAAAUUACUUGAAACUGAAAAAGGGCAUGAUGUCAUUAUAUAUGCUGGUGAAGAUGAAAAUAUGAAUGAAAUUCAUGCACACUCACUCAUCUUAUGUACUAGGUCACAAUAUUUUUUUGCGGCAUUAUAUAAUGAUUGGGUCGAAAAGAAGAAUGGAAUUUUCAUAUUUAAAAAACCUAACAUUUCUCCUCGACUAUUCAAAAUUAUUCUAAGAUUUAUUUAUUGUGGAAAAAUUGAUUUAACAAAUUUGCAAGGUCCCGAGACAUUGGAAUUAUUAAUUGCAGUAGAUGAAUUUAACAUUCAAACAUUGGUUACUUGUGUUCAAAAGCAUUUAAUAAAUGAUAAAGAGUUCUUACAAAAGAAUUUUAUGGAAAUUCUUCAAAUGGUUUAUCAUAAUGAGUUAUUCACAGACUUAUUGAAUUAUUGUCUUGAAGAAAUUGAUAUGAUAUUUAAUUCCGAUAAAAUUAUUAAUUUAGAAGAACCUCUAUUAGAAUUUCUUUUAAAACGAGAUGACUUAAUUUUAGAUGAGAUUGAAAUUUGGGAUGGUUUAAUUAAAUGGGGUUUUGCACAAGGACAAGGACUUAAUCAAGACGUAUCUGAAUGGAAUAAAGAUCAUAUUAAUAUUUUUAAAAGGGUUCUUAAUAAAUUUAUUCCUUUGAUUAGAUUUUAUGGGAUGUCUUCCGAAGACUAUUAUAAUAAAGUUAAACCCUAUGAAGAGAUUUUAUCUAAAGAAUUACGAGAGAAUAUGAUAAAAUUUCACUUAGAUCCUGAAUAUGAACCAACAUCCAACCUUUUACCAAGACGUUUUAUUGAUUCUAUUCUAAUUAAUCGAAGACACAUCGCGCUUUUCACAAAUUGGAUUGAAAAGAGAGAUAAUGACACCAAGUAUAAAAAUAUUUCUUAUAAAUUUAAUCUUUUAUAUAGAGCAAGUAGAGACGGUAAUACAGCUGCAGCAUUUCAUGCUAAAUGUGAUGACAAAGGGCCUACUAUAGUUGUAGUAAAAAUUAUAAAUUCAGAACAAAUAGUCGGAGGGUAUAGCCCAAUUUUUUGGGAUUUAAGUAAUAAUUAUAAGACUACAAGUGAGAGUUUUUUAUUCUCUUUUACAAAUAAGAAUGAUCUUCAAACUGCAAAAGUAGCCUAUAGUACAGGUAGUCGAUAUUCUCUAUAUAGUAGUCCGGUACAUGGUCCAUCGUUUGGUAGUGAUUUAUACAUAAAUUAUGAUAAUAAUUCUGAUUUUUGGUAUAGUACCAGUACAAUCUGCUACCCUGGACUCGAUUUACCAAAAAGCAUGAAUGUAGUUGAUUAUGAAGUAUUUCAGGUUGUUAAAAAAUACUGAUCGUUUGUAUCGUAUUUAUUAUUGUAUUCAUUAAGUUAAUAAACUAAGUUUCGGAUCAUUUAAUAAUAAAGUGAAUAAAAAUUUACAAAGAAAGGUAUUAUAGUUUUUUUUUGUAUUGAUUAACACAAAUUGAG